CAUUCGUCGUCAUAUGACCCAUUCUGUUGAGUCUGCAAAGCUUGGGCCAUAUUUGUCUGUGCAAAAGUAGUUUCGUGGAGUGAGUGUGUGCAGAUAGUCAUCACAGUUUUUGGGACCUGUAAAUACUCCCACAUUUAACAAACAAAAUGGCUGAAAAUAAUCCAAUCUACGGACCCUUCUUUGGAGUUAUGGGGGCGGCGUCUGCUAUCAUCUUCAGCGCCUUGGGAGCUGCCUAUGGAACUGCCAAGUCAGGAACUGGUAUUGCCGCCAUGUCGGUGAUGAGGCCUGAGCUGAUCAUGAAGUCGAUCAUUCCUGUUGUCAUGGCGGGUAUUAUUGCCAUCUACGGUCUGGUCGUGGCUGUCCUGAUUGCUGGUGCCCUCCAGGAGCCAGCCAACUACCCCCUUUACAAAGGGUUCAUCCACUUGGGUGCUGGUUUGGCUGUAGGAUUCUCUGGUCUGGCUGCCGGUUUCGCCAUAGGCAUCGUGGGAGAUGCAGGCGUGCGUGGUACUGCUCAGCAGCCUAGGUUAUUCGUCGGAAUGAUUCUUAUUCUUAUUUUCGCUGAAGUAUUGGGUCUUUACGGACUUAUCGUCGCCAUCUACCUGUACACAAAAUAAACGCCCUGAACACACACCACUCCCGUCGCCCGUGCUCCGAGCCUCUAUGCUCAUUAUCUGAGUCUGAAGACGCGCACAGGGACGGUCGUCGCCGGUAGCGGGUCCACCUUGCAUAGGGUUUCGGAGCACCCUUCCACUCUUGUAUAUUACAUUUGUUCCCUGCUCGUUUUCACAUAUCUCCAGACCGGUGCAGCCUUGUUGCUGCGGCUGCUCCGCAUCUAGAGACGUGAAUCUGUAUAUUUUUACUAAAAACUUUUUGUAAAAACGAUCAAACCUCAAUCAUGGUUUUAUUGAACAUGAAUGCUACCGUGCGAUGACCCCCCAGUAUUUGAUUAAUUUAUUACACAUAUGUUUUAUUUUCGGUGACAGGAGAGAACAUUUCUUUUGCGAUUUCUAUCGACAUAUCAGUUUUAUUUGCGCGUCACAUCCUCCGCAACAUCCGAAGAUAUCAAUUUAGAUUAUUUUAGCAAUAAGGCGAAACUAAUGUACAGUUAGAAGUAGAAAAUUAAGUCCAAACGAGUUAUUUUAAUAUAAUUUAUGAAACCGUUGAACCCCCAGGGUACAGUGUACCGGUCUCUUGCGGAGUUAAGGUUAAACCUGGCUUUGAAAAGUAUUAUGUGCUAUCUAGCUUUCAGUGUUCUAGUGGAUGUAUGUAUCCUAAUUAUACUGUUGUGAGCCUGUAU